GUUUCGUAUUUCCAAGCAGCAAUGGCAGACCCAGGAAAAGGUCGAGGCCGAGGCCUGGCAUUGCUCCAGACCCUAAAAUCUCAAAUGUUGGAAUCACCACCAUCAUCUCAAGAGGCUACUCCACAACCUACUCCAAGUCCAAGUGUUGCAUCUAGUACUGUUGGUUCAACAAGCACAAUGGGUGGGAGAGGCAGGGUGGCAGCCAUGCUUCUAUCAAAAAUUCAGAAACCUGGUGAACCAGAAUUCAUGCCGGCUUCAGAUGUCAGCCCUAACCCCAGCAUGGUUUCAUUUGGAAGAGGUAGAGGACUAAAGUACAUGGAAAGUUUAAAAGCUGCUUCACAGGCUACACAAUCCACAGAGACUCGUGCUGGCGAGGGUGUUGAAAAUUUGACUCAGAAAAUGGCCGAAAGUACUGUGUCUACGGUUCAGACAUCAACAACAACAGCCGUUGGGAAGAAUAAAUAUUUUAGAGAGAUAAAGGAAACACCACCUGUUGUCAAAAAAGGUGAAACCGGCACACUAGUACCAGUUACAGCCAACUUUAUUUAUUUGAAAGCUGAAGAAAACAAUGUGUUCGAGUACGAUGUUGCGUAUGAACCCGAUCAAGAUUACAGAAACUUGCGCUUCAAGCUUUUGAACGAACAUAAACACUUCUUCAAGGAGAAAACAUUCGAUGGCACAACACUGUACGUGCCACAUUUAUUGCCUGACGAAGCACUCAACCUUGUGUCAACAAAUCCAUUCGACGAGAGUAAAGUGAACUUGAAAAUAACAUUCCGUCGCACCCGCCGUCUUAGCGAGAUGGUUCAUAUAUACAACACUCUGUUCAAGCACAUAAUGAAGGAUCUUGAGCUAGUACGCUUUGGCCGACAGCACUUUAACGAGAAAUCAGCUGUUCAGAUACCGCAAUACAAGCUGGAAGUAUGGCCCGGCUAUGUGACAGCAGUGGAUGAAUAUGAAGGUGGUCUCAUGUUGACAUUGGAUUCUACACAUAGAGUGCUGCGAACACAGUGCGUACUGUCUCUUAUUAGAGAGACUAUACAGGCGGAUGGGGCGAAUUGGAAGAAUUCUAUAUCAGACAAAUUAGUUGGUUUCUCAGUUAUGACCAAAUACAAUAAGAAACUGUUUCGUGUAGACAGCAUAGAUGACACAAUGAACCCACAGUCAACAUUUGAGAAAAAUGAAAAGGGAGAAUUGAUAAAAAUAAGCUAUUUUGACUAUUAUAAGAAGAGCUAUGGCAUUGAAAUUAAAGACCUCACACAACCAAUGCUGAUCUCGAGAGAUUCAAAGAGAAUGCCAGGGACCGAACAGAAAACUGACUUCAUGAUAUGCUUGGUACCAGAACUGUGUCAGCUUACCGGACUCUCGGACUCGCAAAAACAAAACUUCCGAUUGAUGAAAGAUGUCGCCACAUACACACGGAUAACGCCCAAUCAACGACACUCUGCAUUCAAAAAGUUCAUCAAAAACGUUAUGGAUAACGAAACCGCAAAGAACCGACUCAAAGGCUGGGGACUAAGUAUAGAUGCGGAAACGGUUAACUUGACAGCAAGGACUUUGCCACCGGAGCCUUUGUACUUUGGCAACUCUGUCAAAGUGCCCGGGAAACCCAAUGCUGACUGGAAUGGUGAUAUCUGUAGGAAUGCUGUCAUGCAAGCUGUCGAUAUAACAAGAUGGGUGGUCUUGUAUACGGCUCGAGAUAAAAAUGUGACUAAUGAUUUCGUAGAAACGUUAAUGCGGUGUUCUGGACCUAUGGGCAUAGUUGUAUACAAACCGGACCUCGUCCUUUUGCCGAACGACCGUGUGGACACCUACGUAAUGGCACUUAAGAAAUGUAUUACAUCUCAACUGCAACUUGUUGUUGCGAUAUCACCUUCUAUGAGGGACGAUCGAUAUUCUGCUAUCAAGAGAAUAUGCUGUUCCGAAAAACCUAUACCAUCUCAGGUAAUCAACGCUCGCACGUUAUCUAAUAGCCAGAAGAUCCGUUCGAUCACUCAAAAGAUACUUCUCCAAAUUAACUGCAAGCUCGGCGGCACACUUUGGAAUAUAAGCAUUCCCUUCAAAUUCACAAUGGUCAUCGGCAUCGAUUCAUACCACGAAGCGAAUCUGAAGAAACAAAGUGUUUUCGCAUUUGUCGCGUCCUACAACCAGGCACUGACGACCUGGUUCUCGAAGGCGGUGUUCCAGGAGCGGGGGCAAGAGAUAGGCGAUUGCUGCAAGUUUUGCGUUGUGGAUGCCCUACAACAUUAUCUGCGAGUCAAUGGCCGAUUGCCCGAUAGGAUCAUUAUCUACAGGGACGGAGUCGGCGAUGGUCAGCUCAAACUAAUUCAAGACUACGAGAUACCGCAAAUGCAAAUAAGUAUUUCGUGCUUUGAUGACAACUAUAAGCCUUCAAUCACCUACAUCGUGGUGCAAAAGAGAAUCAACACUAGGAUAUUCCUGAAACAGGGCAAAGAAUUCGCGAACCCUGAUCCGGGAACAGUCGUCGAUAACUUGAUUACGAGACGCGAUUGGUACGACUUCUUGAUAGUAUCACAGAAAGUGAACCAAGGCACUGUCACUCCGACCCACUACGUGGUGAUCCAUGACGACAGUGGUAUGACGCCGGACCAAUGCCAGCGGCUGACGUACAAGAUGUGCCAUUUGUACUACAACUGGCCCGGUACGGUACGCGUACCAGCCCCUUGCCAGUACGCACAUAAAUUGGCGUACCUUGUUGGACAGAGCAUGCACGUAGUGCCGUCUGCGUCGUUGUCGGAUAAGUUGUUCUUCUUGUAAAUCGUGAUAUGUUUAGAUAUAAAAUUAGGCUCAAAAACUAAAAAAUAGACAAUGAAAAUAGAUGGUUAAUGUAAACCAGCUUAGAUUCUAUUUGCAUUAGAGAAAAAGGACAGUAUCAUAGAUACAGAAGGGUAUUUUUUUAAGUGUUUAUUUAUGAAAAACAAUGGCUGAAAACUAUUUUUGAAUGUUCUACAAGGCCGGAAGGCUAUAAGUUGUCACGCGCGAUUAUGUUCCUUCAGUAUCAAAUAAUAAAGUUCCUUCUAACAAUAGCAAUACCACAUUGUUUACAGUCUCGUGACGUCACAAGACAGUAAACAGAGCCAACCAAAAAUAGUGUUUGUGAUCACGUUGGUGGGAAAAAAAUCUUGAUUUAUAGAAAAUUGCUUUAUUAUCUAGUAAUGUGAAGUAAAAUUAUAUUGAAAAACAAUAAUCUUUAAGAAUUACACCAGCAAAGGUGAUACAGUCAAAUUCUCUUUGCGAUAGUGGUCGAUCAAUGCCAAAAAGUACAAAUUAAAUACUAAUUAAGUUGAAAAACGUAUUUGACUUUAAGAGACGAUUGAAAUGGUUUACUGUUCUCUCGCAUUAAACUAACGUCAAUCUUUGUUUAAAUUAAUUAUUUCUUAGAUAUCAGGCAUUAGGUAGAAGCGGGCGUUACGUUGUGGAGUUCCAUGAUAUGCAGUGAACAUUACGCUUAAUUUGUGAUAAUCCACGAUAAGUAGAAGUUAUUUAUAAUUUCUUCAAUCUCUCUACGCACGUUUCGCUCCGUCACUGGAGCAUGCUCAGGAGAUUUUGACUUUGCAAUGAAAAUUUGCUAUGAACUUCACAGGAGAUGGAGAUAUUGACUGCUUUUCGUGUAUUAUAGCUAAUCAAGCUUAUGUUCGUUUUCACUAAAUCUAGGCAUCGCCUAAAUAUAAUGCCUAAUGAUUUCGGUGAUGACUAGUGAACAGUUGAUGUAUGCCUAGGAAUCUCCUGAAAUUAGGCGGUACUUAUUUAGGCAUUGCCUUGUUCUUUGUUAGUGAAAAUGAGCAUUAAUGUUCGCUGUGGAUGUCAGGUAUUCAAGAAGAGUUAAGAGAGACAGAGUUGGAGUUCUAAAACGGAUGGCAUGGUCGCAUAGAACAGCUUAGGAUAAGCUUAUGCUCUAUUUUUAUAAAAUUUAAAAUUAUAUUAUAAGGGGUUUGAAUACUUUCGAAUAGAGUCUAGCUUGCCCACUGUAUGCAUUUUUUUAAUAGCGGCCACGUAAAAUCUUUUAAGGCGACACUUGUCCUAGAUAGAAGCUAUCAAAGUUUAACUGAGUGGUCUUCAGUGAACGAAUUCAAAAACAAAAUUAAACAUGUGAAAUAUUGUGGCUGUGAAAUAUUGUUUUAUAGGAUCUAAAGUCUUAAAUCAUCAUAUUAUUUAUUUUAUUUAUUUAUAAUCUUUACUUGUACACCACUCAGAAAAACGAGAAAAAAAAAGAACAAACUCUUGCCCUGUAAUGGUAAACAUAUUAAACGAUUAACGGCCCAGUACAGGGCACGAGUAUACUUACAAAAUGAGAAGGGGUAACCCCUGGCCGUAGUCAACCACUCUUUCCCUGUGACAACAGCAUGGACAACUCUCAGGCAUGCAGGUUUCUUCACGAUGUUUUCCUUCACCUUUGAAGCGAGUGAUAUUUAAAUUUCUUAAAACGCACGAAGUUGGAGGUGUGUGCUGAGAUUCGAAUUCGGCUCCCGAAAGUGAAGUCGAAUUCGAAGUCCUACCAUCUAAGCUAUAACUAUAACCGCUUUUAGUUGUAACCUGUUAAGGGUUUAGGUUUCAUGGCUUAUAUUUUGCGGGCCUGUUAUAUUAAAAAAAAAAAAUGAUUUUAUACCAAAAUAUUCAACGCCCUUUUGCCUAUAUUUAGAGCUUUUACAUAAUUGGUUGUUCGUGCGCGUAUUAUAAAGGUAUGAACUAAAACAAGAAUUCGCAAGCUUCUUUCCUUCGUAUAUCGCGUUUUUAAUUACCACAUAUAGAGGUGACAUUCGAUCAAUCUACUGACUUCGCUUUGACUGAUUAUUUUCUGGUCUGGUCUGGUCUGGUCUGGUGGUUGGCUUAGGCCGUGGAUAGUUAAAACCCUACCGACAAAGACGAGUACCGCUAAGCGACUUAGCGUUCUUGUAUGAUGUCGGUAUGUGGGUAUGACUGCUAUAACCCGCUGCACCGUUUAGCCCGCUACCAGCAGGGUUUUAAGCAGGUGAGAUUGCAACUGUAGAGUAAACUGUAGAGGAAUAAAAAAAAACUGUCAAUUAGCUCCGCCUUGAAGGCCCCAAAUGUUUCUUGCAUACGAGCUGUCAAUCUCCUUACAAUUGUAAUUUUAUUUAUUUGUUUCGCGUAAUAACACAGUAGAUCGUUAUGUAGAUCACAACAAUGCAUGUUUGUUGACCGUAUGAAAACCGUGGUAUUUAGAAUACCCUAUAAAAGACCAAUGUCCAAUGAUGAUAAGUCCUACAUUCUGGUUGCCCCUAAACCGCUCUGAACACUGAGGCACCCUUAAAUCUUUCGUCACGCUUGCCCGUGACGUUUAAUAUUGCGUUGCCCAUGGUGUCCCAACUUCCGCUUUACACUCAUUGAUAGCCGUUACUUUUCAACAAUAAUAGAUGUUCUUACAUUAUGUUAUAGUAAAAAACCUUCAUUCCAAUUCCACUGCUGGACUAAGGCCUUUCCCUAUGGGAGGUUUUGCCCAUAAACAUCACGCUAGGCAACGCAGGAGAUAGUACUAGUAGCAUAGAGGACGGGAUGAGAAGGGGUGGUGACAUCUAUAUUCUGAUCUGCCAUCACCACACAGCACUGUAAUAAUAAAUAAAUCCACUAUUGAUUCAUAGAUUAUGAACUGCGUAACAGUAGGUAACCCUCAUUCGGAAAGUAGCUUACGAAACCGUGUAUUUAUUUCAUAACUAUCAAUUAUUGUACUAUUUUUCUGUGAAAAAUAAGGUACUUGUCUUGAAAUUAUUGUGUAUGUUAUUUGAUUAAGAAAUCUUUUAAUGAAGCAAUAAAAUCGAUUUGUUUUUAUGGAUAAAAUGUAACAAAAUAGUUACUUAUAGUUGAUAAAGACUUAUAAAAAUAAGUGUUAUAAGAUGAAGACUUAUUUUACAUAAAAACGUUAGAAAGCGUUCGAAUGACGCUUAGAAUAGUGGUAUUCUGAUAUCGAACUCUAUUUUUAUGAUAUCGUAAUUUUUUUUUCUUAUUAAGUUUUUUUAUUGUCACUAGCAUAAUUUUUUAUAUAGAAUGAGUAUUAUGUGUUACGGUUAAGACAAGACUACAUUUCAAGUAAAAAUCCUUGUUUCCUACUCAGGGAUCUAUAAUUAUAGAAAAAAUAACCUAAAUCUAAAAAAAUUAUUAUGUGUAUUACAGACAUUCUCAACGAAAGCGUAAUUUUUUUUUUGUAAACCUAGAAAUGGGGAAAUCUGUUACAGUUGCUGUUCUUGUCAACUUCUCUAAUCGCCUUUAUUAUUUAUGGUAAUUUAUAAAGACAGAGUAAUCAACUUCUUUAGCAUUACAAUAAAGAAUAUUUUGAUAUUGAGUACUCUGAAAAUUCUCAUUAAAGUCAAUUAAGAACGCGUGCGAAAUACCACCAUUUUUAACUCAUUAAUAUCACGAAUUUUUGCACAAUUAUUUAUGACGUUCUUCAACAAUCUUGUGCGAUUACCUAAUUCCAUACGAAAAUAACCUUUAUACAUAAAAAAAUGUAAGUACCUUUUUUUAGGGCAUGCUCAAAAAAAUAUUUAUUUUUUUGUAAUGUAAAAUGUUGUAUGGGAACUUGCCACUGCUUUAGUAGUGUCGACCUUUUCUCACUCUUCAUUGUCGAUGAGGAUGGCUCUAAUUAACUUUAUUGUUGGAUUUUUGGACCUCAAACUGAUUUUAUCAAAGAAUUAUUGUUCUUAGGAUUUUGUUGACUUCAGGCAUUAGUCAAGGUCACAAACUUUAAAUGACGCAAUUUCGGAUCCUUACCGCGAAGUAACCUAAAAAUUGAUACUAUCAUAUUCUAGAAGAUGCAGAGUGAAAGACAUAGCUACCAAAGCUACUGUGACCUUUUUGAAACACGUAAGUUUGGUGUACAACUAGGCGUACAACGCGGUUAGGUUACCCGCGAAGUAACUUUUCCAUCUUGCCUAACAUAAGGAUUUCUACCGUAGUAGUAUCGUAAGUAUACUUUUUUUUAUUAAAUCUAUAUUCAUCUCAUAAAAAGAAGCACUUACCAUUAAGCAAUAAGAGAAAGUGAGCGUUGUAAACCAAACUUACACGUGUUUCAAAAAGUUUUCAAGGUGACAGUGGCUUUGGUAGCUAUGUCUUUCACUCUGCAUCCUCUAGAAAAGUAAAGUAUUAGAUUUUUAGACAUGUCGAUUAGAGAAUUAUGAACAACAAAAUUGGCAGCAAUAACUACUGGAUGAUUGAGAGAUUGGAUUGAGAGUUCAAAUCAUUGAAUUUUUUGUAGCGAGGGGUUGAAGCGCUCAGGAAGUAGACAGUAUUACCUCAACCUGUGAUAAAAAGGUUCUGUUUUCCUGUAUUCGGUAUACUAAUAAAGUUCAUAUUUAGCCUGACUUAACUCUGACAUUACAAUAUAAUAAAAAAUAUCUGAGAUAUGAUUUUCGAUAUUUUCUAUGAAUAUAAAUUGUAUAAAUAUAAAUAAAAUCAAACAGAACUUUAAUAAAUAACUAAAGAGGCGAAAUCGUAUUGGCGAUCGGUUUAAUUACAAACUAGAUUAUAUCAAUGAUAGGUUCUUAGGAUGUAGUGUGCAAAAAUAUUGGUAAUCCGAAUCUCCUUUAUUUUUUUACAUAAAAAAUAUUCUUUAAGUACAAUUUAAGGUCUAAUUGCUGUGAUUAAAAGUUUAGAUAAAUAUACGAAAAUCCCUCGCCUAAAAGGUACAAAUUUUUUUUUUCACUUGAAUUUGACUAACUUGUAAAUAGGGCUUUCACCGACCGCUAGGGUUUUUUUUUAAAUUAUAGAAUAGAUACUCCUUUUAUUUCUAGUACCGAAAUAGUCCUUGCCGAGUGCCUAACAUUAUUUCACAAUAAUCUGGAUAUUGUCAAUAAUUCUGCCUGUGUGCGAGGAUGUAUUGCAGACUCGAAGUAUUGUUGAAAAAAUAUUUUCAAAUAAUAUCGUGUGCCUUAGUAUUAUUAUAAUUUUGUCGCUCGAUAAACUUCGAGUAGUGACCCUCAUAGCUUU